AUGGAUACGGACGGCCCUGAGCUUGUGACGCUGCUGGAAUUCUUAAAACCACCCAUGGGAAAACUUGUUAGAUCCAUCCGGAAUAUCCAUGGACGUUGCAAAGCUUGCAGCUUUGGCACGGAUCAGGUCUCCGGUGAGGGCAACUCCACGAUGCUGGCACUGCAAAAUCCAGAGGGCCACUGCUUCUUCCAAGGCAGGAUGUUUAACUGA